AUGUCAGCGCCAACUCCUCCCAUAGUGCCUGAUGCCGGCGCAUCAGAGGCCCCUACUGAAGCCCCGGGUGUAUCCGACCAUCCUGCCUCCCCAGUGCUUAAGGAGGAGAGUCAUCAUGAACUCCCUAAGCUGUUCCAUUCCCUUGAAGAUGACUCGCUCUCCCCGCGCGCGUCGAAAAAGCGCCGUCUCGACGAACCGGAAGAUCCCAUAACGGCAACUGCAAACACACCGGUCCCGCAAUCUCAAGAACAACCCCAAGAGCAAACGCAGCCUCAGCCUCAGCCGCAAUCACAGCCUGAGCCUGAGCCUGAGCCUCAGCAACAUGAACACCAACUGCCCCCGAUCCAGCAUCAGCACCAUCAUCUCCUUCCCGGAGCUGGUGAUCAGAUUGAAGAGGAAUUGGCGUCGGCGCUCGCCGCGGGGGUCGUUGAUUCGGUGGAACCUACAGACAGCAAACCCGGUCAGCUCGAGAUGGACGGAAGCCCGGUGCAGGACGGAAGCCCGGUGCAGGAACAAAGCACAAACAUCAAUUCUGAUGUCGCUACUGUUAUCUCGAAUAUCAUGAAUCAUGCCGAGCGUGUGGAGGAACAAUGCGCUAUGGGGCCGCAGCAGCUGCCGGAUUUCGGUCAGGGCGCCCCCAAGGGGAUGGUUUUCGUCAAGGCCAACUCACAUCUGAAGACUCAGAGUCUUCCCAUCCUUGAGAACCUGUCUUCGCAAAUUUUGUCGCUGCUGGCCAAGUCCACGUACCAAGAUAUCACCUCCUUUGUAGCCGAGCCGGAAUCCGAGAAUGGUCAGGCGUACGCUACUAUGCGUUCGCUGUUUGACCACACUAAAAAAGUGUACUCAACCAAGAAGUCGUUCCUGUCACCAACUGAACUCGAGCUUACUGAGCCUUCGCAAGUUGAUAUUAUUCGGAAGGCGAACCUAGCUUCGUUUGUUUCAAGCAUCUUUGGCACCCAGGAGAUUGGCUUUUCUGAGCUGAAUGAUAACUUUCUUGAUGUCUUUGUACCCGAAGGCUCACGGCUCCUUAAACAGCAGGGCGCUUUGUUUCUUGAGAUGAAGACCCAGGCAUUUAUCGCGUCGUUAAAUAACACCGAGCGUACCCGCACUGAAUUGCUCUAUAACUUCUUCCCCGACAACCUUGAGCAGCAGUUGCUUGACAGACGACCUGGGACUCGCCAGCUGGCUCCGAGCGAAACCGACUUUGUUAACCGCGCCGGCUCACGUCGCGAAAUUCUGCUUACUGAUAUUAAUAACGAGGACGCUAUGAAAGCUCUCCCAGAUAAAUACCACUGGGAGGACUUCCUCCGGGAUCUCAGCUCGUACAUCACGAAGAACAUUGAUGCCAUCAACAACCAGCAGUCGAAGAAGGUCACAAAGGGACGACAACCAUCUUCUUCAAAUGGUGACUCUGAGCCGCCAAGUGGUGCGCCCCUUCAAAGCCAGUUUCCUGUCGCUACCCAGGCGCCAGAGGUCCCGGUUGACAAGAACAUGCACGGUGAUCUGGUCGCGCGUGCUGCCCGAGCUGCGCAGAUUGCGCUGCAAGGCCAUGGUUUGAGACGCUCGCAGCAGCAGCAACAACAGCAACAGCAGCAGCAACAACAGGCCCAGCAGCAAGCGCAACAGCAGGCGCAACAGCAGGCCCAGCAGCAGCAGCAGCAGCAGCAAUAUCAACAGCAGCAACAGGCUCAACAAGCUCAACAACAGCAGCAACAGGCCCAGCAACACCAGCCACCUCAGCAAGGCCUCCAAAUUCUGCAAGGCUAUACCCCCGCACAACAACAACCAUACCACCAAGGCAGUCCGGCUCCUUCGGGGUACCAACCGCCUCAAACUUAUAGCUUCCAGCAAAGCCCAAUGCAGGCGAAUUUUCAGCAGUACAACCACCCCUCACCGUCGCCGAUUCCCGGCCGACCGAACUCGUCUACCGCCAAUCACGGCUAUAUGCCUGGCAUCCCCCACUACUCUCAAUCCCAACCCACUCAGGUCCUCUAUGAGCGCGCGCGGAUGGCUGCAUCCGCCAAAUCUUCCCCCAGCAGCCGCAAAUCUGGCCUUCCCAGCCAACGCCGCCCGUGGACAACAGAGGAAGAAAACGCUCUUAUGGCCGGUCUUGACCGCGUUAAGGGUCCUCACUGGAGUCAAAUCCUUGCCAUGUUUGGCCCAGGCGGUACUAUUAGCGAAGCCCUUAAAGACCGAAAUCAGGUGCAACUUAAAGAUAAGGCGCGAAAUCUGAAGCUCUUUUUCCUUAAGAGUGGGAUCGAAGUUCCCUACUACUUGAAAUUUGUUACUGGAGAACUGAAAACACGUGCUCCCGCGCAGGCUGCGAAGCGUGAGGCCCGCGAGCGCCAGAAGAAGCAGGGCGAGGAGGACAAGGCGCAUGUUGAGGGAAUCAAGGGCAUGAUGGCUCUAGCGGGGGCGCAUCCGCAGCAGGUUGGCCACCCUCAUCCUCAUGGAGUGCCCCAUCCCCAUGGGCAUGAGAGCAUGUCUGCGUCGCCAAUGCCGCCGGAUCCAAACUUCGAUCAGACAGCGGAGCAGAAUCUCAUGCAGACACUGGGCAAGGAGGUGCAUGGGGAGUCCUUCGGUCAGCCUGGACAGCCUGGGCAUCCGGGGCAUCAUCCAGACAACAUGCAUUUGGGCCAUCUAGUUCGAGUCACACCCCUGCCCGCCAACACCGCCAACUCACCUUACUUCCCUUCCCUCACCAUGUCCGACACCAAACCAUCCUCAUCCCUACCACCCUCGCAACCUCACCCUCCAAAUUCUCAACCCUCAAACUCCGACGCGACCGUCGUUCCGAAAAUCGAACCUUCAGACAACACCGCCUUAGACACCUCCAUCGAGCAAGAAGGCGCCAUGGCCGGACCCAACGAGAACUCCGCCGCCGCCGCAAGCGCGAACACAGAAGCCACCGCUGGUGCUGGAGCUGGAGCAGUCGCUGGCGCAGGCGCCGGCGAAGAAGAGAUCGGGAACCCCGUGCAAGCGCCGACGUCCGUUGACGCCGCCGCGACAUCAAAAAAGGAGACGUCGCUGCGCGAGUUCUUGGGGAAGAUGGAUGACUAUGCGCCUAUUAUCCCCGACGCCGUAACAUCCCACUACCUCACGCUCGCCGGCCUCCCACCACCCGGCCACGGCCCCAACCAAACCCCGCCACACCUCGCACGGCUCCUGGCCCUCGCAACGCAAAAGUUCAUCGCCGACAUCGCGGCCGACUCGUACCAGUACGCGCGCAUCCGGGCCUCGAAUUCCUCGUCCGCGAGUAACCCCAUGGGCAGUCUGAAUGCGGCCUCGGGGCUGGGUGUUCCUGGCGCUGGGGGCGCGGGCGCUGCUGGUGCGGCUGGUGCAGGAGGUGGUGCUGGGGAUGCUGGGAAGGGAGGGAAUAAGGCGGGUACGCAUUUGGGGAUUCAGAGGCCCGGUUUUGGGGGUGGUGGGUCUGGGGGGAGUGGGCAGGGGCGGACGGUACUUACGAUGGAGGACUUGGGGAUGGCGGUAUCGGAGUAUGGGGUUAGUGUUAAGAGGGGGGAGUUCUAUCGGUGA